UUGAUGGCUUCCAGGCGUAAAUACAGCAAAUUCAACACAAAGAUUUAGAAGAAGUGAAUUAGUAGGCACCAUGAAGAUAUCAAUAGUUCUUGUAUUAGUGGUGACGUGCUUGAACCCAUCACGGUCCGCGCAAAGCAAUAAAACGGCGUCAAAACUCCCAGUCGAACUUUCAGCGAGCGACGAAGAUGAUUCUGAACAGGGGUUAUCUUUGCAACUACAAAAAGUCAACACCGAUUCAGGAGGAUGGUCACCAUGGUCUGACUGGUCUCCUUGCUCCAGAUCCUGUGACGGUGGAGCAUCACACCAGCUGAGAACCUGUACUUCCGGUAAUUGCAGAGGGGACCAUGUUCGGUACAAGAUAUGUAAUAUGCAA